GUCAUUGUUUGUUUACAUCUUGCAGCACCAAAAGUUUGUUGUUAUUGUCUCCGCUCCAAACGCGCUCAUUUUAAUAAAAAAGUGAAAAUUUUCAUCAAAUUUAUACUGCAAAAGCUUUAAAAACACACAUUCCAAGAUGUCGUAUAUGUUAGCACAUUUACACAAUGGUUGGCAGGUGGACCAAGCCAUACUUUCCGAGGAGGACCGUGUUGUGGUCAUACGAUUCGGGCACGAUUGGGACCCAACCUGCAUGAAGAUGGACGAGGUGCUGUACAACAUCGCGGAAAAGGUGAAAAACUUUGCCGUCAUCUAUCUGGUGGACAUUACGGCGGUGCCGGAUUUUAACAAAAUGUACGAGUUGUACGAUCCCUGCACGGUAAUGUUCUUCUUCCGCAACAAACACAUCAUGAUCGAUCUGGGGACGGGCAACAAUAACAAAAUCAACUGGCCGCUGGAAGAUAAGCAGGAGAUGAUCGAUAUCGUGGAGACGGUAUAUCGUGGGGCGCGAAAGGGACGCGGUUUGGUGGUGUCGCCAAAGGAUUACUCUACGAAGUAUCGAUACUAGAGUUGGACUUUGUGGCUGUAGCGUAAUGAUUGCUAAUAAGAUUUAUAUUUAAACAAUUCUA